GCCCGGGCGGCCGCGGAGCUAUGGACGGCAGCGGGCCCUUCAGCUGCCCCAUCUGCCUGGAGCCGCUCCGGGAGCCGGUGACGCUGCCCUGCGGCCACAACUUCUGCCUGGUCUGCCUGAGCGCGCUGUGGCCGCACCGCGGCGCGGGUGGCACCGGCGGGCCCGGAGGCGCGGCCCGCUGCCCGCUGUGCCAGGAGCCCUUCCCUGACGGCCUGCAGCUCCGCAAGAACCACACGCUGUCCGAGCUGCUGCAGCUCCGCCAGGGCUCGGGCUCCGCGCCCGGGCCCGGCCCGGGCCCGGCCCCAGCGCCGGCCCCGGAGCCCACGCCGCCCAGCGCACCGCCCAGCGCGCAGCCCAGCGCCCCCGAGCCUUCGGCUCCCUGCGCGCCCGAGCCCUGGCCGGGCGGCGAAGAGCCGGUGCGCUGCGACGCGUGCCCCGAGGGCGCCGCCCUGCCCGCCGCGCUCUCCUGCCUCUCCUGCCUCGCCUCCUUCUGCCCCGCGCACUUGGGCCCGCAUGAGCGCAGCCCCGCGCUGCGCGGACACCGCCUAGUGCCGCCGCUGCGCCGGCUGGAGGAGAGCCUGUGCCCGCGCCACCUGCGGCCGCUCGAGCACUACUGCCGUGCCGAGCGCGUGUGCCUGUGCGAGGCCUGCGCCGCCCAGGAGCACCGGGGCCACGAGCUCGUGCCGCUGGAGCAGGAGCGCGCGCUCCAGGAGGCGGAGCAGUCCAAAGUCCUGAGUGCCGUGGAGGACCGCAUGGACGAGCUGGGCGCUGGCAUUGCACAGUCCCGGCGCACAGUGGCCCUCAUCAAGAGCGCAGCCUUGGCAGAGCGGGAGAGGGUGAGCCGGCUCUUCACCGAGGCUGCAGCCAUCCUGCAGGGGUUCCAGACAGAGGUGCUGGGCUUCAUCGAGGAGGGGGAGGCCACCAUGCUGGGCCGCUCCCAGGGUGACCUGCGGCGGCAGGAGGAACAGCGCAGUAGGCUAAGCCGGGCCCGCCACAACCUAGGUCAGGUCCCUGAGGCCGACUCCGUCAGCUUCCUGCAGGGGUUGCUGGCACUGAGGCUGGCCCUGGAGGAGGGGUGCGGCCCUGGGCCCGGUCCCCCGAGGGAGCUCAGCUUCACCAAGUCCUCCCAAGCUGUGCGGGCUGUGAGAGAGGCACUGACCGAGGCCUGUGCCAGCCAGUGGGAGCGGCUGCAGGGGCCAGGCAGCGAGGAGGAGGAGGACCUGCAGAAGUUGGGCACGGAAGCUGAUGCCGAGUCCCAAGACCCCGAUAGCACCAACAACCUCGAGAGUGAGGCUCCCAGGGAUUACUUCCUCAAGUUUGCCUACAUCGUGGACCUGGACAGCGACACGGCAGACAAGUACUUGCAGCUGUUUGGGACCAAAGGUGUAAAGAGGGUGCUGUGUCCCAUCAACUACCCCGAGUCACCCACCCGCUUCACCCACUGCGAGCAGGUGCUGGGCGAGGGCGCCCUGGACCGGGGCACCUACUACUGGGAGGUGGAAAUCAUCGAGGGCUGGGUCAGCGUGGGGGUCAUGGCCGAAGACUUCUCCCCACAAGAGCCCUAUGACCGGGGCCGUCUGGGCCGCAACGCCCACUCCUGCUGCCUGCAGUGGAACGGACGGAGCUUCUCCAUCUGGUUCCACGGGCUCGAGGCGCCCCUGCCCCACCCCUUCUCGCCCACCGUCGGGAUCUGCCUAGAGUAUGCCAACCGAGCCCUGGCCUUCUAUGCCGUGCGGGACGGCAAGAUGAGCCUUCUUCGGAGGUUGAAGGCCUCCCGGGCCCGCCGAAGCAGCACCCUGGCCUCUUCCAUCGAACCCUUCCAGAGCCGCCUGGACAGCCAUUUUGCGGGACUCUUCACUCGCAGGCUCAAGCCUGCCUUCUUCCUGGAGAGUGUGGACGCCCAUCUGCAGAUCGGGCCCCUCAAGAAGUCCUGCAUAUCCGUGCUGAAGAGGAGGUGAUCUCUGGAGGGCAUCUCAGCUCCUGGGAAGCUUGCUUCUCUGCGCCCCCAUCUUGCCCCACGAAAGGCGCCUUGGAGUCCGCCACCUCCCCAGUCUUCUCAUUCCUGGAGGCCUCCACCUUCCAUAUACUUGGCCUUCCGCCUCUCGAGGAGGAGGCUCCCAGACCCCUUCAAGUGCCCCUCAGACCCUGUCCCCCUGCAGGCCUUGUUUCUGGGAGAGAAAGCCAGAGCUGGGGCAGAUCCAGGCUACCCCAACCCCUCUUUUUCCAGGUUCCUGGGACAGUGCCUGGCACGUAGUAGGUGCUGAAUAAAUAUUUGUUGAAUGAAUGAC